AUGGCCGUCGCGGCCGCCUUGGUCUCGUACAUGCAGAGUGGGCACCACCAGGACAUGCUGGACACAGGCUGCUUCAUCAAGGCCGAGUUUGAACAGUGCGAACCCCCUGUGUUGCGCAGCCGGUACUUGCUUGCGUCGCCUCGGGACCUCGACCGGUACGUGGCCGAGCACGCAGAGGCCAUGCGCAGCGACUUCCAGGUCCACUUUCCCAACGGCAUCAUCGUGUGCGAGCGAUCGACAUGGCGUGUGCUGGUCACUAGCCCUACUACAGUAGUAAUGUAG